AGCGUGGGAACUACAAGGUGGUUCACACUUCAAACCAAUCGGCAGCUUACACUUGUCUCUCUCACUCUUCCGUUUUCGGCUACCCUCAUUUCUCCCGUUCGCCUCUCUGCGCUCUCCUCCUUAUCCAUCCAUGGCAUCCACUUUCAUCACACUCGCUAGACCCUUCUCGUCUCACAAGCCCCACACUCCUUCCCCCAGCAAGAGAUUACUAGGACUUCGCAGUAGUGCACUGAAAAUCAACGCAAUCGCCAAGAAGUGGGAACCCACAAAGGUUGUUCCACAAGCUGAUAGAGUCCUGAUUCGUUUGCAGGACCUACCUGAGAAAUCAUCUGGUGGAGUUUUGCUGCCCAAAUCUGCUGUUAAAUUUGAGCGAUACCUUAUGGGGGAGAUUCUCUCUAUUGGUGCUGAUGUUGGGGAAGUUGAGGCUGGGAAGAAGGUAAUGAAUCAUAAUGGAUCUUCUUUUUGUUGGUGUUCUUGUAUAAAUAAUUUUUUCAGUGAAUUAUUUAUAUUGAUGCCACUGGGACUAGUGAAUUCUCCAAGAAGCUGGACUUUCUAUGCGCUUAAUGGCAUUUUUUUUAUAUUCUAGUGCUUUUAUACCAUCUAAAGGAAGGGAAUGGCUAUCUUUUUGCAGGUUCUUUUCUCAGACAUAAAUGCUUAUGAGGUAAAUACUGACUCUGUAGAAAUUAAGUUUAUUCAUAUAGCACUUAAUAUGAUUUACUAGCCUUUUUCAAAGGUACCUUUACAAAUGGAAGUUCCUAUCCCCUUGCAAGUAACUUAUUCUUCAUAGUUGUGAGUCACUGUGAUAUCUGGCCAUUUCAUGUAUAUGUUAAUAGCUUGAAUGGCUACCAUCACAUUGGUUAUUGGGUCUAUUUGUUUCAAACAUAUUGAGCAAUAGAAGAGAUGCUUAUUAUCGCUGAGAUUGGUGAUAUUAUGUUUGAGACCGCUAAAGAAAAUAGUGUCUGAAGAGGCUACAUCCUAUUAACUCUUAAAAUGGCAGUAUUUGAAUAGUGAUGAAACACACCUUGAGGACCAAGAUCCUUUUACACAUGGAUUGCGAAUAGAAAAUUGGAGCCUAUUCUCAAUUGGUCCCAUCUAAUGAAACAGUUUGUGAUAAUUAGAUGUACUCGAGUCUGAGAAAUAGUCUAAUAACUUCCAGUUUCACUUGUGUUUGAUGGCCCCAAAACCAUUUAUUCAUCAAGAUUCAUACAAGUAGCCAAGACCAUGCUCUGUUUUCUCAGUCAAGAGGUAAUGUUGUAAAAGAAGUAGGGAAUACCGUGGUGAUUGUACAGCAUGGACACAAAAUUGCUUGGAUGAACACCUUUAUGUCAUAGAUGAAGCAAAUUUUAGGUGAACGGAUUGAACCAGGAAUCAAUUUACUACCUCCUUCGAAGAAAUAACACCCAUAUAGGAGAUAUCCAUGAAGACUCUUUUUCCCCCUUUUUCUGUCUAAUCAUCUUUAAAUUGCGUGCGGGCAUCAUUUCUUCUGGCUUAAACUCUGUUUCUGAUGGUAUUGCACUUGCUGCAACUUUAUCAGGUGGAUUUGGGAACAGAUGGUAGACACUGCUUUUGCAAAGAAAGUGACCUGUUGGCUGUGGUUGAGUAGGGCUCGAGCAUACGGGAAGAGCUUUACAAGAGGGCAGCUCUGUAUUUGUGCUCUUAUCCUUGCAACUUAGUACAAAAUUUUUGCAGCUUAAUGUGAUCCUCUUGUGCCUUACCUGUUAAACAUCUGUCUUUGCCCUCUCCAGCCAUUGAUAUUUGUUUCUUACCUCCCCUUUUGUUGAGGAGAAAAGAGAAGUCAAUGUUGAUCUUA